CGGGAACGAAGAAGAUACAAAACUGAGCGAAAGCGACUUCGAGGAUGCUCUGGGAAGCCUACGUCGUCGCCGCCGAGCUCGCGCUGAGCCUCGUGGGCUGCAUCUGGGCCAUUCGCGUAGCAUCACCCGGAGUCGAGUACACGCAGCUGCGCCUCACGCCUCGGCCGCGAUCGGGCCGGCUUCGAUGCGCGUUCCAUGCGGCUUGCCUCGCCUUCUUCAUCAGCGUCCUCGUCGCCGAGCUCGUGAAGACGCAUGGCCACGGCCUCGCCUUCUACACGUGCUGGAACUUUAUCCUGCAGAUCAUCUACUGGGCGUGGGCCCUCCUUGAUGCGCGUGGUGUGAGCCGCGGCCGGCGGGUGCUCCUCGACGUGGUAUUUCCAGCGAGCCUCCUCGUCAUGGCCGUCGUGUGGGCCAUCUUGUACCCGCUCGCCAAGGCUGCACACGCGACUGAACAGCUUCUCAAUUGGACGAGCUACGUGCAGCAUGGCAUCAACGUCCCUUUGCUUGGCCUCGAGUUUUACCUCGUCUGCGCCGACAGCAUCCCGAUGGCGAUGGGUGGCCUCCCGCUUCUCGUGCUCUGGGGCACACUCUAUGGUGUCGCUGCGUGGAUCAUCCACGAAGUCACGAGCUUUUGGCCGUACCCGUUCAUGAAGGUCGAGUCGCCGUAUGCGCCGCUGUGGUACUUCUUGGUGUGUGUCCUGCACAUUGCCUUCUUUGGGGUCGCAAAAGGCCUGAGCUGGCUCGCGUGGCGACCGCUGCAUUUGAAAGCCAGCCGCGUCGAGUCGCUGGAUACGGAUAGCAGCGCGACCGCCCGUCUUCUUGGUGACGACACGGUCCGUGUCUAAGGAUGCCAAAGUGGGAUCCACUGUUUGAAUGCAGCGUAUCGGAUACUGGACGCACGCGUGGUCCUUCUACAGUACACGAUCUUGUCGAGCUCGUCCAUGCGUCUCGGUGGCCGUGUCGCAGGGACGUGUCUUUGAACAAGCACAAGUAAGAUCCGAGCUGG